UUGUGUUGAUAGUGGAGUCACUAUUUUUUGUGUGUAAAAAUACAAUUUUUAAAGGUUCGAACUACCAGAAUUUUCAUGCAACAAAUUGACAAUUACACGUCUAAAUACGUAUAUUAAAAAUAAUGGAGUCCUUACAAGAAAUUUCUGAAUAUUUAAGCCCUAAUACCCGAUUUGAUGUAAAAAUCUGUGCAUUAAACCACGUGCUCCGUAUAACGGCGACUACAGAUGGUCGAGAACUCCUGUUGAAGUUACCAGAAAUGUUGAUACAACUUGUUACCUUUAUACAAGAUUCUUGUGCUGCCAUUAGCAAAUGUGCUGCACAGAUAUUAAUAAAUAUUACUGGAGAUGAAUCAGGAACUAAUGCAAUGUUGAUUAUUUCAGAAUCAAGUAACUCAACAGAGAUCAAUAAGUCUGAUUUGGUUACUCAAGAACCUAGUCAGAAUUUAAUAAAAGUUUGUUUGAGGGCUAUAAUGGAUAAAUCUAGUAUUAUGGCAGAUUUAUGUUGUAUGAUACUUUCUAAUAUGACUAGACCAUUUCAUCUAAUAGACCGAAUGAUAACACUUAUUGAACAAAGUGAUUACUCUUGGGAUGAAAUAUUAUCUGUAUUUACUGCAAAACAGUAUAAUACUAAAGGCGAUAAAUUGCACUAUCUUGGACCUGUUUUUAGCAAUCUAAGUCGAUCGCCACGUAUAAGAAGAUAUUUGAUGGAUCGACACCGUUGCGUUAUUCAACGGAUUCUUCCAUUCACGGAGUAUUCUGACAGUCUAAUUAGACGAGGUGGUAUUGUUGGUACUUUAAAAAAUUGCACUUUUGACACAGAAAAUCAUGUGUGGUUGUUAAGCCCCGAAGUAGAUUUAUUAUCAUAUCUAUUAUUACCACUUGCUGGUCCAGAAGAAUUUGACGAUGAAGAUAUGUCUAAAUUGCCAAUUAACUUACAAUAUCUUCCUGAAACUAAAACUCGAGAGACUGAUCCAGAUAUAAGACUUAUGCUUUUAGAAGCAUUAAAUCAACUUUGUGCAACAAAAGUGGCUAGAGAAAUAUUGAGAAAAGCAAAUACAUAUCUCAUACUUAGAGAGCUUCAUAAAUGGGAAAAGGAUAAGAACUGCUUAUUGGCAUGUGAAAAUGUCGUAGAUAUUUUGAUAAAAACUGAAAAAGAAAUCGGUUUGGACAACUUGAAGGAAGUAGAAGUGCCGUCUACAUACACGGAGAUGUUCCAUAAAAUGGAUAAAGAGUUUAUUAGCAAUACAUAGAUAGUGCAAAAA